CCGAAAACAGCGCGCUUUGUUGCGGUCGUCAUUUUUGUUUGCUUCCGCGCGCGUUUGCCGAGCACGUUUAUCGUCCGCGCAGCGCGCACGUUGCUAGCCGCAGUCGCAGGUAGCGUGAGAAUCAAUAGCGCAUUGUGCCAAGAGCCACGUACCACGUUUCGCGCCAUUGGUGUACUCUCAUACAGUCAUGGCGAAGAGAAAGGCGAAUGCGACCAAGAAGCGAGGCGGCGUGUCCGAGUCCAGUGACAAUGUGCAGCGGCAGACGACUCGACGUUCGUCUCCCGCUAAAGCGAGCAGCCUAUCGCCUGGCAGCCGGCUGCGCUCUCAACCCGUCGUGGUCUUGAAGAGGGCUACCGCGCCGCCCGGACCGGCGAUGAACAAAGGAGACGACGCAGUGCCUGGAAGUCCCGGUCACUCACCGGUGAAGAAACGAGCGCCUGGGGGCACUACUGCCAAGCGAGGACGCGCGGCAGCCAGUGCGACCACAGAGAAAACUUCCGAAAGCCCGAGCCGUUCUAAACCAGCCGGUGAAAACGCAACAACGGCCGAGCCGCUUGGCAAGACAACGGCUAAGCGAGGACGCGCAGCAGCCAGCGCCUCGGGGCCCGGACAGAAAACUUCCGAAAGCCCGAGCCGUUCGCCGGCGAACAAAGCAUCACCGAGCCGUUCCAAGACAGCCAGAGUCGAAAGCCCCGCAGUAGCGACCGAAAAGCGACCUGCCAAGACGGCAAAGCGAGGGCGUGCAGCAAAUCGUCAAGUCGCCGAGCCACAGUUGCAGCAACUUGCAACACAGGGCCCACACGCUGAAGCCGAUCUGGCAAAGGCCGCAGGGAGGAACGCCGGAAGCCCAGUCGGUUCGCCGUCGACCCCCUCCAAACGUGCUGGCGCACAGGCCGAAGCCCGUGAUAGCGCAGGGACCUCAACCGGAAAGCAGGCUUCGAUGCGUGGUCGGGCAUCUACAGACAAGGCUGCUACAGCCGCGCUGCAGCAGCAAGUUCAUCGCGACCGGCCGGCUGGUCCAUCAAAGGAUGAAGAGGCAGACUCCGAAAGCCCUUCGCCGCGGAAGAGAAAGUCAUUAGGCCGCCCCAAGCAGCCUGGUGUGACGGCCAAUGCUAGCAAAAAUGUGGAUGUCCCCGACAACAACUCGCCAAAGCCAACCAAAGGCACCAAAAGAGGCCGUGCACCCGCCGCCGUCGACACUACCACAUCACAUUCUCAACAGACGGAAGAACAAGGCCCGCCUGCCAAGCACGCCGUGGCCAGUGCAUCAGGUGACGGAAAAACGCCGCGCACCGCAGCACAAGGAACCAAACAAGUUGGUCGGCGUGCAAAGCAACCCAGCUCAACAGCCGGAGCAGCUGACGGACACUCGGGGAGAAGUGCCAAGAAGCUGCCUGCCAAAGUCCAAACUGCGGCAUCUAAGAGUCCUGGGAAACAGAACAAGAUGCUACCUGCUAGAGGCCAAACGGCGGCUUCUUCUAGUGGUGCUGGGAAACAAAAGACGGCAGCCAAGGGUCGUCAGCAGGCCAAGCCUAAACGAGGAGAGCGGAAAGGUGCGAAUGAACUGUCGGACGUUUCGGAUGGCAGCUACGUCGAGCCUCCCAGUUCGCUGCAGAGGGCGAAACGCAGGGAUACUUUGUUACCAGUACGACCUCCCGUGUGCGGAGUUGCCGGGCGUGUCGGACAGUGA